CUCUCCAUUGGACCUUCUUGCGCUCACUUCUCUUUUGAAUUUGGUCUGUGUUUGUUAACAAAUUUAUUUUGGAUGGUUUGAGAACUCCAGUUAGUAUGUAGCUUGAGAUUUGUUCAGUUUGCGGUGUUUGUCCGCCAGCCGUUUGAAGAAAAAGAGGCAACGAAACACCUUGCCAUUUUGUUCUUUGCUUCUCAGGAAUAGGAGCAACGCGGCGAGGCUUUGGUUUAUCCCAGGGAGGAAAAGAAAUCCCAAUAAAGGAUCUUGUUUUUGGAUUACAUGGGCCGUGUGCUUAAAAGAAGUUAUAGACAAUCUGGUGGAGGAUCUAUUACAGAAAGAGUUCAGACUUUCAUUUUGGAGCAUUGUAUAAAUAGUAUUGAGGACGAGGGAACUGUGUAUAACCUAACAUAUAUAAAAAAUAUUCUUAAAAAGGUUAUUACUGCUGCUGAAUCAACCCAUGAUGUUGUGCUGGAGGGCUUGUAUGAACGAUUAGCUUAUUAUUUGACUUCACAUAUGGACGAUGACUUGCUGAAAGAGAGGAGUAGAAUCUGCAGACAGAUUUCUUUUCUCUGUUCCAGUGGCCAUGACAAUAAAUGUUUGAGUUCAAUGAACUUAGUAGUUCCGCUGCAAUGUUCUCUCAAUAUGCUUGAAGGAGAUACUGGGUGCGCUCUUUGGCCCUCGAGUCUUUUCUUGUCAGAGCUGAUACUUUCUUAUCCAAUGACUUUUUCAAAUAAAUUUUGCUUUGAGGUUGGUUCUGGUGUCGGGUUGGUUGGUAUUAUGCUCAAACAUGUUGGAGCCUCCAAGGUUAUCCUUACUGAUGGUGACAUGUCAACUUUGGCAAACAUGAAGCUUAAUCUGGAAUUGAACCAUUUGGCUUCUGAAACCAUGGCAUCACAGAGAACAUAUGAAAGUCCAAACAUGGUUGAGUGUAAACAUUUGCCAUGGGAAUCUGCCUCUGAAAGUGAGCUUCAAACCUACCACCCUGACAUAGUCUUGGGUGCAGAUAUAAUCUAUGAUCCACUGUAUGUGCCAUAUCUUAUUCGAGUGCUUUCCAUCCUUCUGAAACCCCUGAAAUUUUGCUCAUCUGAACCAAAAGAAGGGGACAUGAGCUGCUACAGAUGUACUCAAAGUACAGAAGAUAGGAAUGGUGAUAAUUCACAGAAUGAGGCAAAGGAAGCUCCAAAUGCAUAUAUAGCUACGGUCAUCCGGAACUUGGAGACAUUUAAUUACUUUCUCAGACUUGCUGCUGAAGCUUCCCUCUCUGUUCUUGAUGUAACUGCGACAAUGAAACCAAAAAACUUGCUACCAUACAUGUUGUCAUAUGACCGAUCUACCGUACAUCUUUACAAAGUGUCAUUUUUAUGCACAUGAGAUUUAGAUAUAAUCCAUUAAACAAUGUGGAAACUUUUCCAUCUGUUUUCUCGAGGACAAUAAAAUUCCAAGUGUUGUCGAAGCA